AUGUCAGAUUGUCCAGUUCUACACAGUCCUCCCAAAAGAACACGCAGGACUCGCCGACUUCUUAGUUCUCCACAGAUUGACGUUCACCAAUCAGAAGCAACUGAUGACCCCUCCAGUAAUUUCAAUAACAAAGCAAUUUUUGAUCAAGUUUCCUACAAUUCUCAGAAGUCUGGUCCUCUGGUUAUUGUUAUCACUGCGCCCGAAGUGAUAGGUCCUUGUGUCCUCCAAGACUUCAUUGCACUCACACAAUUAUAUAGCACCGCUCCCAAAUAUGGUGGCGAUGACUAUAGUGAGGCCAAAUCUUAUGUGAAAGAUACUGAAUUGGAGCCUUCAGGCCUGCCCAUUUGCCUUAUUUUCUGUUUAUCUAUGCCUUCAGAAUCGAAUUUUGAGGCUCGCUUGGAGUCCAAUACACUCGCUCGGUUGGCUUUAUAUCGCUGCCCUCCUCUAUCGUCUCGAGCAUUCGUUGAUUCUGCUCUACUUCAAGUUAGUAAUGCGUAA